AUGUAUACAAUGCAGAGCUGGACUUGUAUUUGUCUUAUUAUUUGCAGUAUGCAGAGCGUGUGUCAUUGCUGUGACUGGAGCCGACACCACUACGGUCACUUGAGCGCAGAAUACCUUUCCCUGCUGGACCAGAUGGGAGGAGAUAUAACAAAGCAGAAUGCCCCAGUCUUUUUCCCAACAUCACUUUACAGACACAUAGAUGAUGCCGAGGUUGAGGACAAAGUCAGAUUCCGGAACGAGGCCAUCUAUAAAAUCACAAAACUGUUUGAUGGGAAUAUGAAGUCCGUCACCUGGAACAAGAAAAACCUGGACGAUUUCCUCAAAAUUCUAGAAAACCAAUUUGAGAACCUCAAUUCCUGCGUAAUAUUGUUUCAUUUUGUCCGACAUGUAUCACCUGCCAUGAAACCUGAGAGGAGACUGAAACGGUACUUCAAGAAGUUGAAUAGGAAGGUUCUGAGAAAAAUGGUGAGUUUGAUUUCAACUACAGUGCUCAUCAGGAAAGAGAUGAAACGUCAUCUGCAAAUAUUGGAUAUCCUUAUGGCACAAUUGUACUGACAAUCCAGACUCAUUUCAGAAGCUACACCCUUACCAGUUUAUAAAGCAUGAAUACAAUCAUGUGGGACCCUGUCAGUCUAUUUAUUAUAUUUAAAUAAUAAAUUAUCGUUUUUUAUUUUAAUAAUUUAUUAUUUAUAUUUUGUAUUUCCGGCGACAAAAGCCUGC